GUUAAUUUCGGUUAGCUCGGUGACACUGCCAAAGCCAGUUUGACACUUUCAAAGUUUCAUAUUACGUUAAAAAUGAGUAAGGAACAUCAACUCUUAAAAUAUGCUUCUUCUGGAAACUUAUCUAAGUUAGAGAAUGUACUUAAAGGAAAAUCUAAUCUUCUUAAAAGAUGGUUAUCAAAGGAUCGUCUGGAUGACUUGGCAGAGGAAGAGGCUGAGGAACCAACUGCUGUCCCUCCAAUUCAACGCCGCCCUUCUUUACCUCUUAUUGUCCAAAAAGAGAAGUCUGUUCAUGUCAAUGUUGACUGUUGUAAUGAAAAUGGCUUAACCCCUCUAAUUUUGGCAUCACUAAAUGGCCAUAAAGAUGUUGUUGCUAUGUUAUUGUCUUUUUCUGCUGACAUUCAUGCUCGAGAUUAUCAAGGAAACUCUUCUCUUCAUAUGGCUGCUUGGCAGAACCAUUCUGAAGUUGUUGACUUGCUAUUACUAAAUGGAGCAUCUCCUUUGUCAGCAAACAAAGUUGGAGAUACUCCACUUCAUUAUGCUUGUCAGUAUUGUUCACCAGGAAAGACUCUUUCUAUUAUCAAGCUUUUGCAGCAUGAUGCCAGUGUUUUACUAGCAAACAAUGCUGGAGACACUCCUCUUGAUUUGGCAAUCAGGUAUAACAAAAAAGAAGCUGUUGCUGUCUUACUUGAUGCAGAUUCUGAAACUCUGGCAUCUAAGAAAACAAUUAUUGAAGCUGCAACUAAAGGUCGAGGAGAAGUGCUUGUACUUUUAUUAGAAUCAGGGAUUGAUCCAAAUUGUGUUGAUGAGCAAUCUGGAAAGAUGCCUCUUCAUGAAUCAGUUAAAUAUUUCAGGAAAGAGGCAUUUGAAAUAUUGUUACGUUUUGGAGCUCAGGCUGGAAUGAGAGAUGGAGCUAAUGAAUCUGUUAUUGAUAUCAUCCGCAAGCACCCUGAGCAUAGACAAGAUGAUUUCAUGAAGCUUAUUAAAAAAUACCAUGGGCAAAAACCUCAAGUGGCACGAGCACAUCUGGAAAAAUCACAAAGUGUUAAUGAUGACACUACUGAUGUUACAUUUACUCAUUUACUUUUGAAGAACCAUGUACAAUGGUUAAAAAAUGACAGUGAACAUUGUAGUGCUGCUACAAAAAAGCAUCCUGUAACAAAUAUACUUGAUGUUGACCCAUUUAGUUACUGGAUGAUUCCAGCCCCAGGAGCAUACAACUGGGUAGCAUUUGACCUAGGAGCUAAUUAUACACUUACUGGAGUGAGAAUUUAUGGAUGGGGCAACAAGACAAUGAUAUAUUCCUUUGCUGUUGAAAGUGCAAAUUCGCUCAAUGGCCCAUGGACAGCUGUUGGGAAAUACAAAGCUGACUUGGUUGGUCCAGAAGACAUGAAUCUUCUUCCUGAAGGCCAAGAUUUUAAAGGUUUUUAUGCAACUUCUCAAUUUUGGCGUAUUGUAAUUGCUGACAAUUAUGGAGAUCAAUUUACUAUUGUAUCAAGUGUUCAGUUUUAUGGGUUUGAGCAAGAACUUAUUCCUUGGUUCAAGCAAAUGAAUUUAUUGAAAUAUGUAAAAACAUUUGCAGAGAAGGGGUACAACCAAUUAAGUGAAGUGGCCAUUGCAACUGAUGAAGCAUUAAAAGCCUUUGUUCAUAAUGAAGGUGAUCGAUUGAAAAUAUUGACUGAAUCCAAAAAGCUCCUUGGAAAAUAUUAUCCCCCAGCGAACCUCCGUUGGGCUGUACCACCCCAGACCAGUAACAUUAUUGAAAAUAAACAAAUGCCAGAAUUUUCAGUUAUGAGUGAUGCUUACACUGUGGGAGAACUUAUUCUUCGAGUACAUGGUGGGGGUCAAAUAUUUGGUAGAAGUAAAGCAUCACUUAUUCCUAAAAGCAAUGGCUAUUAUUCUCGAGCCACGUUUUCUAAUGUAGCUAUUUAUCCUGCUGGCAGCUACACUUUAGAAGUACAGAGCAGUGUUGAUCCCACUGUAAACUUGGUAUUAGAUAAGCAAAUAGUUGUUGAUCUACCUGCAAAAAGGCAUUCUGAAAUUAACAGGCUGUUUGAUGAUUUCGAAAGCAUGAUGAACUUUUAAAUCAGUAGUGAACUUUUUAUCAUUUGCCAUUAGUAGAUCAUAGAAUGUGUUUUACUCCAUGAAAAUUUUUAAUAACAUUCAAUUUAUAGUAUUAAAUCAACACAUAAUAAUCG